CUUCCGCGAGCUCGUUCUCUCCCUGUCUCUCGCGUCGUAUCCGAGAUGAAUUUCGGCGACGCGUCAAGAGUGGUUAGAAUCCAAGUAGUGAACGGUAAGGAUCGCGCGCGCGAUCCAAGGGAGUACCGUUCUCGUCGUCGGCAGAGAUAAACAAUGGACGGGAAUACGCAUUUUCGAUGCGCGCAAGAGCAGUACGUAUCACGGUGGUGUCGUUAGCGUUGCGUAGUGUCGCGCACGUUUAUCCUUCUGUGUUGUGUUGUUGUGUUGAAUAAGUAACUUUGCCGUUGUCGAUUGUUGAUUAUUGAGCAACAUGAAGCUUCUCACGCACAAUAUGUUAACGUCUAAAUGUCUGAAGGGUGUGACGGUCGGUUAUCCUCUGAAAAUCAUCGCGAGGGAUAUCAGGGUAUCUGAAGUAGACUUUAAUUCAGAUUUUAUCGCUAGGAUAAUCCCAAAAUUAGACUGGACAGUGCUGUGGAAAGCUGCAGAGAGUAUAGGACAUGUUGGCGAAUUACCUCAAAUUUUAAUAGAGGAUUUUGAGACGAAUGAAGACUUUUUGAGAAAAGCUCAUCAUGUUUUAUUGGAGGUUGAAGUUAUUAAUGGAGAUUUAUUGUGUCCAGAAUCUGGCAGAAAAUUUCCUAUCAACGAUGGAAUCCCAAAUAUGCUUUUACAUGAACAUGAGGUUUAAAUAAAGGAUAUUAAAUAACUUCUAAA